AUGAACGAUACCAUCGCUACCCCACGUGGCUGGGUUAACGAACCCGACGGCCGAGGGACGUGGAGUAUUCUAUUCACUUGUGUUAUCACAAUCGUUCUCUGUUGCUGGACGUCUGUGGCCCCAAAUUUGCCUGCUAAAUCCGACGGCCAAUUCAAAAGAUGGAUAUACAAAUUCGAUCUUGCUUGUAUUACGCUACUCGGAUCUGAAUUCAUAUUGAUGCUAUCUCUGGGCCAAUGGUCAUCCGCGCGUCGCUCUGUUAAAGAUUUCCAUGAGGCUGGAUAUACGGAAUGGACUAUCAAGCAUGCCUUCUUCGCCGAUAUGGGAGGCUUUUUUAUCAAGCCCCUAGAAAACGACUUACCUUCAUUCCCUUUGGACGCAAAGCAGCUAUACAUCCUGGUUAAGGAUAAAUAUGUCGAAUAUCCGAAUCUGAAUGAAGAGGAAAUCGAAGAUAGGAAUAAAUCAGGUGGACUAGCUCGAUUGUUCACAAUAGCGCAAGCCCUCUGGUUUACCCUGAACUGCAUAUUUCGUUUUGCUCAGGGUGUUUUUGUUACCACUCUUGAGAUCACUACUCUUUCAUUUAUUUUAGCCUUCCUAAUAACAUCAUACUGCUGGUACCAUAAACCCAUGGAUGUCAACAGGUCGAUCACUUUGCAGCUCAAUACCUCUGUGACUACAAUUCGAAACAACCAUCGAGUCCCCGGAUCGAAGUGGUUUGAAACACCAUUUGACUACCUCUCGCGGGACCAAGGGUUUCUUGCUCGAUUUUGGAGAUAUUACAUGCAGAUUCUUCACUACAUGCAUAUACCGCUGGCAACUCGGCCUAAGCGACGACCAUACGAUCGCAUUCCAAGUCAUAAUUUCCUGAAUGCGGAUACCCGUGCUGAGAUGAUCGCCGCCCCGACAAUUGUUUUUUUUAGCGCUCUGUAUCUCAUUGCGUGGAAUUCUCAUUUCCCCACCGCAGUGGAAAAAUUACUAUGGCGUAUUGCUAGUGUGAAUACCCUAGCCUAUGCGUUGAUUGGAGCCCCCCUUUCCGCAUACUUUCAGAAAACUAUGUUCCGAGCAGACCUAAGACAAGCAAAGGCACAAGCUAUGUUGAACCACAAACCAGAACCCAAAAGAUGGAUCGGCCGUCUUGCUUCAAAGCUUAGGAAUAUUGAUCCUGAACAUGAUCCUCAGUUAGAAAUUCCUCUUCGGGCUUUGAUUCCAGUUUCCUUUCUGUGUUGUAUAUAUUGCGUGGGUCGAGGGUUUAUCUUGACGGAAGACUUGAUUGGAUUGAGAAGCUUGCCGGAGAGUGCUUUUCAGACGAUUUCAUGGUCGAGAUAUAUACCUCAUUUCUAG